AUGACGGACGAUAAAGGGGGCUACAAGCAGAUCAACAAAUCGCUCAACAUUUGCGCUUUUGAGGACUAUCUGAAGGGCCAGACCGCAAAUCUAGACCCUAUACCUGAUGUGGAGCAAGUGACGGAAAGGGUUUUACGAGUGCGGGGGCAAAAUCCGGGAAAGUUCACCUUCCAAGGCACCAACACUUUCUUAGUGGGCAUUGGAUCUUCUCGCAUAUUAAUUGAUACGUCUGGAGGAGAGCCUGAGUAUGCGAAACUGCUUGCAUCAACCCUUGAGUCCCGGAACAUCAGCAUCAAGUAUGUUCUGAUAACACAUUGGCAUGGCGACCACUCCGGUGGUGUACCGGACCUUAUCAGAAUGUACCCGCACCUCAAAGACCACAUCUAUAAGAACGAUCCCGAUCCAGGACAACAAGAUAUCCACGAAGGGCAAGAAUUUUGUGUCGAGGGUGCUACUGUUGUGGCACUGCACUGCCCGGGACACUCAGAAGAUCACAUGUGCUUCAUACUCAAGGAAGAGAACUCCAUGUUCACUGGAGACAACAUCCUCGGCACCGGAACAAGCGCGGUAGAAGACUUGGGCAUAUUCAUGUCCAGUCUGCACAAGAUGAUGGAUCAGAAAUGUCGAGCUGGCCACCCCGCCCACGGCGUUACUAUCGAUGAUCUGAACAUGAAGAUCAAUCGAGAAUUGUCGUCAAAAUACAGGAGAGAGAAGCAAGUCAUUAGGGCGUUGCGCAAUCUCCGCGACUAUGGACAGAACCGACCAGUCGUUCGCGACAUUGUCGAAAAUAUCUACGGAAACUCGGUGGACGAGACUACGCGCACGUUAGCGUUGGAGCCGUUCAUCGACGAAGUUCUUCGAAAACUUGCGGGUGAUGGGAAAGUGGGUUUCCAGGUUCGCGCUGGUCAGAAAAAAUGGUUUCUGAUUGGUAAUGAGCAAUCAACGGCGGGUGCGAUGCGGCAGGUUCAGUACCCUGUCACACGCGCCAGUGCUUGA